UUUAAUGCGGUUUUAAAUGCUGUGUUGCGCCUUCAUGAGUUAUUGUUAAAAAAAUCUGAACCAAUUCUUGGUAGUUCAACUGAUGAGAGAUGGAAGUGGUUUAAGAAUUGUUUGGGAGCACUAGAUGGUACAUACAUUAAAGUCAAUGUGUCUGCCUUAGAUAGGCCUAGGUACCAGACUAGAAAUGGCGAAAUUGCUACUAAUGUAUUAGGUGUAGUCUCACAAGAUAUGCAAUUUAUUUAUGUCUUACUUGGAUGGGAAGGAUCAGUUGCCGACUCUAGAGUGUUACGAGAUGCCAUAUCUAGGACAAAUGGGUUGAAAGUUCCACAAGAGAGAUGUUUGACCAAUGGAGCAACAGGAGGCAUACAUAAAUUGGUUGAGGUAUUGACUGACACAGUGAAAAAAUUUGGUGACAUACAAGCUGUUGCUGGUGAUAGUAUUCCAAGAAUUGCUGAUUGUUUCCAGUUUGAGACAGAAGGUGCUACCAGAAGGAUGAAAGUGUUUGAUGAACUGAAGCAAAUUGAUGGGCUCACAAAUGAACAACGAGUCAAAGCUAGAAAACUUUUUGUCCAAAACCAAGCUUACAUAGAUUUUUUAUUCACAUUGGAUGAUGAAUUCAAGUUGGGAUUCAUACUUGGGCUCUUUGAAUGAGGCGAGAUCUAAUAUUUGAUAGUAUUUUGGAAAAUAGUACCGGUGAGAUGGCUUUGAGAAAUGUAUGUCUUUUCACUUUUAGAUGAAACUUUUGGAAAAAUAGUAUGUCACAUUUUGGUUGAAACUUUUGGCAAGGUAAUAUGCCACCUUUUGGAUGAAACUUUUUGUAAGGUAAUAUUUCAUCUUUUGGAUGAUACUUUUGGCAAUAUAAUAUGCUAUUUUCGGAUUAUGUUUUGAGAACUUAUGUUUGUAUUUUACUCAUUGGAAUGAAACUUUGACAAAUAUAAUUUGAAAAUAUGCUAUUAUGUUACAUUUUAUUUUUAUUUUUUAUUAUUUAAUAAUAUAUAUUUUUUAUUAUUUUUAUACAUAC